GCUUCCACACUCCGUCACCAAUCCAAAGGGAAGCCGUUCCGCUGGCCCUGGAGGGUCAUGAUUUGGUGGGAGUUGCAGCCACUGGCAGCGGAAAGUCCCUUGCCGGAUUUUGGGACUUUGGCAUAUUUGCUGCCAAUGCUGCUCCGGCUCUUGUCAACACCUUCCCAUCAUGGUCCAUUUGGACUAGUGCUCUUGCCCACUCGAGAAUUGGCAAUGCAAGUAGCCGCCUGUGGAAAUGCUCUUUUGGGGAAGGAUGAAGACUCUGGAUUUGGAGUAGAUGACUUGGAGCAACGCAUCUCAGUUGUCUCCAUCUGGGGUGGUGGCUCACGUCCAGAGCAACAGAAGCACUUGCGCUAUGGCAGCCACCGAGAUGCACCAGGAAGUGGUAGCUGGAUUGUUUGUGCUGCGCCCGGACGGCUAUUGGAUCUCAUUUGUGCAGAAGAAGAGGAAGGCCGUGAGCCUUUGGCCAGUGUGCGAGUCUUGGUGCUCGAUGAAGGUGAUAGGAUGCUUGAGGAGGGGCUAGGCGACCAACUGGAUGGCAUUGCCCUGCGCACGGCGCACAUGCGACAGACGCUUUUCUUUUCGGCCACCUGGCGGGAGGAGAAGGUGGGUGAGCAAGCCAGACGGUUUUGCCGUCACACACCCGUAGUGAUUCAGAUUGGCGAGAAUGGUACUAUGCAAGAAGGUAGCGUGUCAGCUUGCCCUCGGAACAUUCGGCAGAUCGUUGAGGUCUUCGACGAUGACGAGAGCGAGGAAAAGCGAGAAGAGCGAAAAUUGGCGCGUCUUCUCGAGCUUUUGAGUGCUCUGGAGCAGGGCACAAGUGAAGAAACUGGAGAUGCAAAAUGCGUGGCCUUUGGGAAAGCCUUGGUCUUUUGCACAACAAAGAAAUUGGCCGAUACAGUGGUGGCUCAACUUGCGGACAGAGGUUGCGAAGCUCUUUCGUUGCAUGGGGGCAAGGCACAGCAGGAGCGUAAUUACAACCUCGAAAGAUUUACCAGCAGCGAAGAGCAAGCUCCCAAUGUGCUUGUGGCGACCGAUGUGCUGGGGCGCGGCAUCGACUUGCCCAACGUGACGCAUGUCUUCGUGUUUGACAUGCCGGGGUGUAUUGAUGAUUACAUCCACAGAAUUGGGCGUACUGCUCGUGGGAUGGAUGGACAGGGUCAGGCAAUCUGCUUCUUUGAGUACGCUGAUUGUCUUCCAAAUCUGGCAGAGGCCUGUACUUUCUUUCUUCCAAGUAGAGAGAAAACCCUGUGUGCAAAGCAAAGCCCAGAAUUUGUCGAAAAAUAUUCUUACAGCAUAUCUGAGCACACCCUGUGUGCUUAA